CCUAUUCCAUUUAUUGCCGGAAGUGCAGUUACUGUUGAGAGGGAAAUUCGAAUAAAAACAGAAAUGGCUGACUACUUCGGCAGCUACAUGCUGUAUUUACCGCAUGAAAGACUCAAGACUUUCAAAAAUUGGCCUCUUGGUAAAAGUUGCAAUUGUACCCCAGAUAAGUUGGCUGAAGCAGGAUUUUAUCACUGUCCUACCAAGGAUGAGCCGGAUGCUGUGCGUUGUUUCUUCUGCAUGAAAGAAUUAGAUGGAUGGGAACCAAAUGAUGAUCCAUGGGCUGAGCAUGAGAGUCAUUCACCGAAAUGUCCGUUCCUGUUGGUAGGCAAGAAGCCUAUGGAAUCCUGGACAGUAACACAAUUUUCUGAUCUUCACCAAAAAAGCAUGGAAAACAAAAUUAACAAAUAUAUGGACAUACACAUAGCUACCUACAGGGAGAAGAUGAAAACUCUAAGGCUUGAGAUCCAGAGACAAUGCAAGAAGAAAUAGCCAUCUUGAAAUGAUAUUCAUACCCACAAUAUACUUUGACUUUAAAUGACUUUGAACCCAUUGUCAUUUUACUUUGAAGUUUGACUGAUAAUAGCUAAACUAAGUAUGAGAGAAUGUAUUUUGUAAAAUGUUUUUGUAUUUAUGAUAAACAUGGUGUUGUUUAUUACAGUUAAUUUUGCUGUAUAAGUCAUGAAGAAACAGAGAGAGAGAUCGAGAGAGAUCAGUAUAUAAGUUUGUUGAUUUGAUUGUAUUAGAAUGUGUAAAAAUGUGUUGUAAAGGCCUAUUUUGGACCCUUAAAAUUUAUUUCAAUUUUUAAAAAAAUUUCUCAUGUUAUUUUAUUUUCAGUAUAGAAUGGCUGGUAGUCAAAACAAUUUGACUUGUUAAUGUUCGAUUCUCCCACCCCACCCCCAAUUUUCAAAACUUUGAAUUUUUUUAAAUAAAAUUUUUGCAUUUUCUUACCAACUUAACAUUUUGCAAAUAUAAAGCAUCUUCAUGAACAAGAUUUAUAUUGUUAUAUGUAUAAUUUAAAGAUACUAGUCAAUAGAAGUAUCAGUCUUGUUCAUAAAGUAGCUCUAUAUUUUGAUAGAUAUGUAAAUUGACAAAUAAAUGACACAAAGGGGGUGGGGGGCAUGUUCACGUUAGAAAUAAUUAAAAUUUCAAAAAAAGAUAUUUAUUUGAAUCUCAGUGAAUUUCAUGUUUUUGAGUUGCCAAAUUAAGUCUAUCAUGUGUAUAUCAUUGAUAACUGACUGCUGUAUGUGGCAUCUACAGGUGCAAUGAUAGAUACUGCACCUCACCUAGUAUUUUAAAAUAAAGAAAUUAUUAUAUUUUAAA